AAUUCCUUCCCACUGCCUUCUCUUCCAGAACCCUCCAUUGUGACGUAAGGAGAUUCUGAGAAUGAGAUUUUCUCAGAACUCAAGGCUUUCAGAAGCUGUUGGUAGGGUAUGAGGAGUGGAGAGGAGCUUCUACCUUGCCACUGCAGGAAGCUAUUUGUUUCUAAUAUAAGUGGAUUCUUUGGGAAGGAUUUGUGGUCCUACCCUUGAAAGGCAAAGGGGCUCGUUAUGCCAUUUGCCAGCUCAGGAACCAUGAGGAGAUAUAGAGUGUCUUAUUCAUGGCAGAUCCUGAAGAAGGAACUGGGGCUGUACCGGCUCACCAAGGAUAUCAUUGUGAUGAUCCGAGUGUGUAAAAUGUUCCGCCAAGGCCUUGGGGGAUUUCGGGAAUAUCAGAUCAUUGAGACUCCUCACAGAAAGCACCCUAUCUUUUCCUUCUGGGAUAAAAGGAAGCAAGGCCGAAUCACAUUUGAUACCAUGGACUUUGUUGCAGAGGAGGGUCACCUUCCUCCAAGGGCCAUUCAGAUCAUGCAGAAGCUGCCUUCCUGGAGGACAGAGCCUGAGAUCCAGGCCCUCUAUAACCUCCUGCAGGUUCUGAACAGCUACCGCAACUACUCAGAGCCCCUGCAGCUGCUCCUGGCCAGAGUCAUGCGCUUUGAACGGUUUGGUCGCAGACGUGUGAUGGUCAAGAAGGGGCAGAGGGGCAACAGCUUUUAUUUCAUCUACAUGGGCACAGUCGCAGUGACUGAGGAUGAGGAUGGCAGCAGUGCCUUCCUGGACCCCCACCCAACGUUGUUGCACAAGGGCGACUGUUUUGGGGAAUUGGGCCUUAUGAGUCCUUCAGUAAGGAGGGCCACCGUGGUCUGUAUGGAAGAAACAGAGUUCCUGGUUGUCGACAGAGAAGAUUUCUUUGCUAAUAAGCUGGAUCAGGAAUUCCAAAAGGAUGCUCAGCAUCGGUUUGAAUUUUUUAGGAAGAUGGAUCUGUUUGAGUCGUGGUCUGAUGAAAAGCUCUGGAAGCUUGUAACCCUGGGGAAGGUGGAGAAGUUCUCGUAUGGCCAGCUAUGGCCAUACUUACAUGUCUUAAAAGACUUCAUAGAAUCACCCUCCAUCAUGUUUGUCUGCAAGGGCAGCUGUGAAGUCCUGCGUCUGAUAGACCUUGGGACCUCGCCUUUCUACUACAAGUGGAUCUGGCAGCAUCUGGAGCUGAUAGACGACACAUCUCUGAAGACCCACCUCAAUGAACCUUCUCCUGUGGAGAGAUUUAAGGAAUUCCAGAUAAAAUCAUAUCCUGUACAGGACUUUAGUACUCUGAAACUUAAGCACCUCCAGAAAGCCUGGGAGCAACAGGGGUCCAGCUUCAGUAGGAGGAUUAAAACCUCAGGAAAUACUCUUCCAAAGACCUUGGGCCCGAAGAUCAAAUCUAGGCAUCCACAUUCCCUCAAAUGUCCCAUGAUCAAUACUGAGUAUGGUGAACUCCCUGAGGAGGCUGCAGUGGGUGCCUACAUCAAGAUCCACACUGUAGAGGAAGGAGAAACUGUGGGCCUUCACCAGAUCCUCCUGCCGGAGAACCAGCGUGACAUGCGGCCCCUGGUCCUUGUGAGCCUGGGAGCCGAGGUGAUACGGAUAAGGAGAGAAAAAUUUUGGGAACUGAUUGACAGCGAGGUAAAAGAGAAGUUGUACAGAUUCCAGAUCAAGUACCCCAGUGAUGAAGAUAUGUGCCAGAAGUUCCUCCAGGAGAACAGCUGGAAUAUCUUUCGGAAGGACCUGAUGCGGCUGCUGCUGAAGCCUCGCCAGCGUCCACCAUUCAUUCCAAUCCGGCCCAAGAAGAAAGGGAUCUACAACCCCAAGAGUUUGGUGCUGGAUUUGUGUAGCCUCGACAAGGAGACUAAACCUUGUUAUCCCAUUUUUAUGGCACCCCAGAAAUACCUCCCCCCAUUGAGGAUUGUCCAAGCCAUCACAGCCCCCCGGUACAAAAUCCAAGAACUCCUGCCUCAGUAUAAGAAUGCAGGAGUCCUUGUUUAGACCCAAUAAAAGAUGGGUUGGUCACCAUG